UUGGGGUUUCACUGAAAUCGUUUGCCACAAAAGUAAUUUCCACAGGCUGCUUGGGAUUUAGGCCCUUGUAGACAGACACACAGAUACAAAUGAAGGUGGGCUGGGAACUGUUCGGUCCCCUUCUGCCUCCGGGCUCUCGCGGGAGCGGGCCUCUCCGGGGCACUCGCGUUUCCCCCCCAGCCCCCAGAGGGCGCUGUGGGCCACUCCGCCGCACUGCCGGCGGCGUCCCCGGGGAGGAGCCUCUCCUGCAGCCGCCACCGCCUCCGCGAUCGCAAACCCGGAAGACGUGUUCGGGCAGCUGGAGUGUACGGGCCCGCGGGCCACGGCCAUGCAGCCCCUGGAGGUCUUUUCUCCUGGCACCCUGUAUUCAUGGCCUUGGCGGAUGUAUGAGAGCACCUCCUUUUUCUCAGGCCUCGAAGCCAGACAUGAGGCUUACUGGCUCUCUCCUAUGUUCACAGUUCUGCCUCUGCAUGGCUGAAGCCAUCCUACUCUUCUCACCUGAACACUCCCUGUUCUUCUUCUGCUCCCGAAAAGCACGGAUCCGGCUCCACUGGGCAGGGCAGACCCUAGCCAUCCUCUGUGCAGGUCUGGGCCUGGGCUUCAUCAUCUCCAGCAGGACCCGCAGUGAGCUGCCUCAUCUGGUGUCCUGGCACAGCUGGGUGGGAGCCCUGACACUGCUGGCCACUGCUGUCCAGGCACUGUGUGGGCUCUGCCUCCUUUGUCCCCGGGCAGCCAGGGUCUCAAGGGUGGCUCGCCUCAAGCUCUACCAUCUGACGUGUGGACUGGUGGUCUACCUGAUGGCUACAGUAACGGUGCUUCUGGGCAUGUACUCAGUAUGGUUCCAGGCCCAGAUCAAAGGUGCAGCCUGGUACCUGUGCCUGGCACUGCCCGUCUAUCCAGCCCUGGUGAUCAUGCACCAGAUUUCCAGAUCCUACUUGCCGAGGAAGAAAAUGGAAAUGUGAGUUCCUGCGAACUCUGAAUCUAGGUGGGACGCUUGCCUUGAACAUCAUGGUUCCUUUGGUGAUCUAUAAGGGAUCUAUUUAAGAAGUGGUCAGGUUUUCGCACUUCUUGGCUGGUCCAGGGACUGCAGAAACCAAAGCUGCUAUUGUUGAGGAAUAAUUCAGUGGGUCAAAAUGGGGAGAUGUACUGGGUAUGAGUGGAAGGUGAUGGAGAGCCUGAUCCUGAAGCCUCUACUUGAUGAGAGACAGAGUUUUGGGUGGUGAUAGUGAUGUGCUGGUGGUCAUUUCUUGCUUGUGUGCCUGAUGAAAAAUUGGGUUCCUGUACGUUAUGAAUGGCAUCCAUGGAUAUUUGGGUUACUUUUAAGAAAGCAGUGUGAUGUAGUGGAGAGAGCCCAUGGGUCUUAUUUAUGGGAUGUGGUCCUCUUAGGCUCUGUUGUACAACCUUAGGUACAUUCCAUGUCUUAAGACCACUGUUUCUUCAUCUGUGAAAUGUUUCUAAACAAUCUCUAAGUCCCUUCCUUCUCUAAUAUACAGCGUCUGUCAGGUCGAUGUCUCAGAACACUCUCCCAGCUGUGGACCACGUGGACCACUUAGCAGACUCAGGGGGUAGUUCUUUACUCUCCCUUUACUCCCCUGGAGGGACAGCUCUGCCCUUGAGGCCCUUCAGAAAUUUGUGCUGAUUUGGUCCCUGUGCCAGGGCACAGGGGGUCAGGGAUUGUGGAAAGAAGGGACUCAGGUGAGGGUCUUCUGGACUCUAAGACGGUAAAGGCACUAAAGUCACUUUAAAGCUUUUGGAGAAGCAGGAGGGCAUUGGCUUAACCAAGCCGAAGGCUCCUGGCUGGGCUGCCUAGCCCAGCUAAGAUCUUCCUUCAGCCCACCUCAGGAUCCGGGCUUGAGGGCUGCAGGGCGUGCGUGCACUCCCUCCCCCGAAAUCACUUCUCAGGGCAAAGGAGCCCCAGGCAUCUCAUGCUUUGCCCUUCUUAGGGCUCAGGUUCUUGCCUUAGCACAUAGCUUCUGGGAGCUUUUUUGAAGCUUUUCAUAAGGGCCAAGGAAGUGGGGCAGGGCUUUUCUGAUCCAAAGAAAACAAAGUUUCUCUGGUUACCCGUCUUCCCUUGUUAUCUAAGCUUUCCUCAGUUGUCAUCUCUUCCCAGCUCUUUGGUCCAAGAGGGGGCUGAGUUUGGUGCCAGCUGGCAAAUGAAGGCUGGACUCUCUUCCCUCCAGAGACCACCACCCUCCUUGCUGCAGCUGAAAGUAGUUCCCCAGGCUGGCCUCGGUGGUGAGGACUGGAUGCUAGACUGCUGAGCUGUGGUCUGGGCUCAGUUGAGAAGAUAGGAUCUCCCUAGAUCAUGGCAAGGCCUGACAACAGCUGAGCCAGGAAAGUGCUGCUGAGGCAAGUAGACAUAGCUCACAGGGAACUCUGGGAAGCCUGGGGUGUAGGCGCUGGAGCUCCAGUUCCCAGGAGCAGGGGCAGGUGUUCCUAGAUGUUAGUGUUGUGGAUGUCCUUGGUCUUCUGAAGAUUCAGGUCCUCCUCUCCGGGUAGCUUAGAAGUAAGGAGGUUGGUUUGAUUCAAUAGUACAAGAAUGGGGACAGCAAGGGCAGAAGUGUCCUCUCCACGUAACUCAUUAUGCCUCUCCUGGGGGAGAUUGCAUCUCCAGGACAAGCAUCUAAAGGAGGCCCCUGCUGUGCAGAGGGGUAUUGUUCCUGUCUCUUUCAUUGUCCUCCCUCCUCUCAAACUCUCCAGUGUGGUGUGAACUCAGAAGAAACGGUUACUGGGGCUGCAUGGAGAAUUUCACCUGCGGUGAUUUUGAUCCAGGGACUGCAUCUCCUCUUUCCUCAUCACAGCCAGUGCUGAGAGGCUCAUUCUACCUGCCGCAGGGUAGGAGGGCCAGGCAAAGUUCACCAGCUUGCUCUAAGAGCAAGCAGGCAAUGCCGUAAAGCCUGAGCCUGCCUGAGGUGCUGCCUCCUCCCAGGUGGUGCGGGGGCUGGUGGGCGGGCGGGCAGGCGUGCUGACAGCCGGCAGUUUGCGUGGGCUGUGCCAUCUGAUGUCUAUUCCCAGCCCUGGGAGGAAGGGGGAGUCAUUUAUAUUCUGCAGGAGGAAGGGGCCCCAGCUGUCGCCUUUCUGACCAGCAGGCCUGGAGGGCAGGGGCACAGAGCAGAGAGGAGGGCACUGGUGGUCUCCUGCUUAGCCUGGUCUGACUGCAGUGUAGGGAAUAGGUCACCAGGAGGAGCCCUUCAUCCUGGCAGGCCGGAUUGUGGAGGGACUUCCCUUCCCCCCCUUUUCCAUUUCUCCCUCCAUCACCACCUGCCCUCACAUCCUGGGGCAGCAGCUGGACAGCCAUUAGUCCUCAGUGCCAGGGCACUCUUCCUCCAGCUGGGAUCUCAGCGGCUCCCAGCUGCAUGGGCUCCUGCUUGUGUGUUCCCUCCUCCGCCAUCCUCUGUUCCCCGCACCUCCCUUAUUCUGCUCAUGUCUGGGGUAUUCACUUGGCUCCUCAGCAAGGAAGCAAACGCCUUGGAGGAGAAGCACAUGGUUGCCCUUUUGUCCUUGCUCCCUGGCUAGGGAAAGCUGCUAGUGGUCAGCCUGUUUUGCCUUUUUUUUUUUUAAAAAAAAAAAGCCAGGGCAGGGUGCUUAGAUUUUAAAAAUUUGCGUGUUAUUUGCACAAAUUUUCAUAUCAAGCUAAGUCCUGAUUCCAAAUUUGAUUAUAUUCCAAAUUUGAUUAUAUUCCAAAUUUGAUUAUAUUCAGAUUCAACCUUGAGGACAUUAGAAAUAUAGAUGGCUUCUGUAUCCAAAUCUGAAUGGAAAUGAGAUUACCCUUCUGGGUUCAGAUACCCCUCCCAAGCCCCCGUCUUUUCUGUAACCACCCCUCCUCUGAGCCCCAUCAUGGCUGGGGUUGGUAUGGAAUGGGAGCAGCUCUGUAUCUGGGGAAGUCCUCCAGCCUCACCUUCUUGGCUCUUAAGUGGUAGGCUGUUACCACUUGCCAGCCUGGGCCUCCUCUCUCCCCACCCUUUCACAAGGCAGGCUGCCCUUCCGCACUCACUGGCCCAUCCCUUCUUUCUCAUCGUCCCACCCUUCCACCCCCGUGCAUGGCUGCUGUAGGUCUGGUUUUUUUUGUUUUUUUGUUUUUUUUAAGACGGAGUCUCACUCUGCCGCCAGGCUGGAGUGCAGUGGCGGAAUCUUGGCUCACUGCAACCUCUGCCUCCCGGGUUCAAGCGAUUCUCCUGCCUCAGCCUCCCGAGUAGCUGGGACUACAGGCACGUGCCACCAUAUCCAGCUAAUUUUUGUAUUUUUAGUAGAGAUGGGGUUUCACCAUGUUGGCCAGGAUCUCUUGACCUCGUGAUCUGCCCGCCUCGGCCUCCCAAAGUGCUGUGAUUACAGGCGUGAGCCACCGUGCCUAGCCAGGUCUUGUUUUGAAAACCUCACUGUGGGAGAUUCAGGCAUCCUCCCUAAGCCAGCUGGCCGCUGUGCUAAAGCCUGUUCAGAGUUAAUAAUAAUCAUUAGCUGAAUGGUGCUGGGGCCUUUCAGCUUCAGAUCUCUAAGCACUUGCAGGCUGAGUCAGUCAGCCCUCACCUUCCCCCUCCUUCCUGGGCUGCAGAGUGUAACAGAAUGGGAAGGCACUGUGGGAAGGAAGUCAGGAAUCUUGCUGCUAGCCACGCCUUGCAGUGACUUGUCGUCUGGGAGUGGGCACUGAGUCCUCUCAGUAAACUAAUAAGACUUGCACCUGACAAAGGUCAAGAUAUGUAGGGAACACAGUGUAUGCUAGGCUGAGACCUAUGGUGGUGGCAGGGGUGGCUGUUGAGCCUGAACUUCCAGUACUCCUGCCCUUCCUUCUGUUUACCUGGCUUGGCCUACAGGGGGCACCCCUGGUCUUGAUGCCUCAAGCCCAGCAUUUCUGGGUCCCCUCUGCAAGCUCAGAGAGCAGGGAGGCUUCUGGUAGUGCUCUUGAUGCUCCUGUGUCUGGUUGGCACAAAGAUCCUGUGUAACAUGAAAUGAAAGGUGCAUCAGCUUGGGGGCUGGGAAACCUGCAGUAUGGGUUUACUCCGUCCCUAUCACUGGUGUGGCUGUGGGCAAACCACUUAUUGCCUGACCUACCUCACAGGGAUGUUGUGAGGGUUUGAUGAGAGAAUGAAUGUUAACAGGAAUUGGAAAAUUCAAAGCAUUAAACACAUGUAAACAGGUGGUA